ACUGUUUCUAGGCCUGUUAUUGCCCUGUGCCAAUUUCAGCUGCAACAUUCCUCGUCGCUGGCGGAGACACGGCGAUCACAGUCAAAGGAGUCCCCCCCAAACCCUCUUCUGCAUAUCACCAUCAUUAUCGUCACCAUUGUCAGCACAAUAAUAUCGGGUUCACAUUGCCUUACCCAGUCACAUCUGGCUGGGGACUAGCGUGUGAUAACUGCAGAACUGUCACGGCGCGAAACCGCGGAUGAGCGCGCUUACUGGCUCUUUACCGGCUCUCUUCUGCAGGAAGCUCUGGCCCGUUGCACCUCUGCAGUCCUUCAGCGCUUCGAGAGUCACUUCUAUUCGAUCGUCUGCGGAUUCUUCCCAUUGUUUCUGGCAAUAAGCGCUGACAUAUCUUCAAUCAUGCUCGUGUCGCCGCGCCUUUCCGUUUCUGCUCCUCUCUCCCCCUUCCUUGCCAGUUCCUCUCUUCUGCACCACGUCCUCCGCGCUGGGUGACUCGAUUUUUCUUUUUGAUAAAAGGCAAACUCCUUGAAAGCCUGCUGGCCAGGAAAAACAUGUCACUGAGAGAGUCAGAUUUGCUGUAGCAGAGUUAAUACCUGUCUUGAAAGAUCCCAGUCGGUUUUGGCGACGUCCAUUUACGGCUUCAAGUCUUCGUCCGAUUUCUCCUUCACCAUGUAUCUACCACGAAAUUAUCGACACUAUUGGACGUUUCUUAUUCUGAUGGCUGUGGAGCUACCUUUCACCAUCGUCAUCCUGAUCCUCACUGGAAUUGCUGCGCAUAAUCGAUAUCGGACCAAGUUAUGGCAGGAUGGCUACGACAACGGCUUCAACAGUGCCCCGAAUGAAAUCCUCUACGCUCUUGCUAAUUACAGACCCUACCACAUCCCUAUGGUUUGGAGUCCAUUUAUGACGAAUUACAACCUGGUCCUCGGUGUGCUGAGCAUCUUCCUGUUGAUAGCCAAAAUACCGAUGCACCUGGUCCGAGCCUUCUAUCCUCCAUUGUCAGCCAUCAUUAGUGGCUCCAUGAUGAUUCUGUUCAUAGUAUCUGCUCGAUACCAAGGUGGCAGCGAUACAUCAGAUCCCCAGCAUCCGCAACAUGGCCCGCCAUGGUAUAUCACCAAGAGCUGCAGCGUCGCUGCUCACAAGUCCAACGUUGGGUACUGCAUGCAGGCCAAAACACUCUUCGCAUUCUCAAUUAUGAUUGUUAUUAUCUACUUUGCCGAACUAGUGCUAAGUCUUAUCUCCUGCUACGUAUCGAAGGAGGAACGGGAGCGACACCGGGAACAUCGCAGAGAAAAACGCGAAUUGAAAGCGUGGGAGCAGGAUUUCUUGAAGUCCCCUACCUUUCCCAUGACUCCCGCAUUUCCCACAGGGGUCCCUCCUAUAACGCCGAGGACGCAAGCAUUCAACCGACUUAACGGCGACUCGGACCUCCCUUUUCGAACCUAUUAUGGCCCGCCGGAAACUCCUCACUCCAUUCAGCAAGUGAUAGAUGAGAGUUCCAAAAGCCCAGUACAAAGCACGCCACAAUUAUUCUUCCCCCCGCCGCCAAAGAAGGCGAUAGUUAAAUGAUUUGCUGAAACAUGCCCUGUUUUUUUUUUUUUUUUUUUUUUUUUU